AUGAACAAAGGCGAAAGUGUCUAUAAACCUCUAUCAGGCAGCAAUAAACAAACAAGUUCAGUUAAAGAUGUUCUUACUGAAUUUAUUCGUUCUACGACAGAUCCAGACAAACUCAUGGACACUAUGCGACCUGUGUAUAUUGACCGUUCUCAUGCAUUUGUAAAAGAAGAGGAACGCAAACAACAACAAAAGAAGCUUAGACAUAAACGCGAUCAUAAAUUAACAGCAAAAGAAAAGAGAAAGCUCAAGGUAUAUGAGAUACCCAAGGAUGCUCAUCAAUAUAAAUUAUUUGAGCCAUUGUCUCAAUUAUGGCAAGGUUAUAUGUCUAAAUUAUUACAACAAGGAUUAGCGAAUUUUGAGCAAAAACUAAUAAAGGCAGAUUUUCAUGGUGCUACUAUGACAGUCAUUCAGAGUACAAAUCCAAGUUAUGUAGGUGUGUCAGGUAUUGUUAUCCAAGAAACAAUGUCCAUGUUUAAAAUUAUUACAAAAGAGAAUAAGCUUAAGCAGAUACCCAAAAAUACAAGUUAUUUUAAUAUUUAUAUUCAAGAAAAAGAUAAAACUUAUACACUUUAUGGCCCUCAGUUUGUUGCAAGACCUGCAGAGCGAGCAUCAAAAAAGUUUAAGCCAAAGCCAUCCAUUAAUUUAUAA